ACGAUCGCAGUGUCAUCCAUUCACAGAUUUUUAGUUUUUUCAUUCACUCUUCACAGCUUGCACUCGAUAAAUUAGGUUUAGUCCGAUUUAUUUUAAUAAUUUACUGUUUUAGUUUAUCGAUUGCAAAAUGAAUUCCGUGCUAAACCCAGAGGCCCCAGAAUUUUACCCACAUUUGACAACAGUAACACAGGGUGGCUACACAACUGUACAUAGAACGAUAAGAUCAACAAACCAGAUGCCAGUGGGUGCCUCCUACGACAUAUUCAAGACUUUUACAGAUUUUAACGUUGUCACAUGCCAAUUAAGUGAAAAUGUUGUUGUACAAUCAAACCAAAUACUUGUAACAGAGUUACCAGCUGUGAAGUUGAAACUAAAUGACAACGAAUACAACACGGAGAAGGUGGUGGACGCCAACGACAGCAUGCUCGACCGCGUCAACCUGCACGUGGACAUGCUGAGCGGCGCGCUCCGGCCCAGCGCCGCCUUCCUGGGCGGCCUGGCGCGCCCGCCCGCGCCCGUCAUCGCCAAGAUCGAGGUGGGAUCGACCAUGUUCAUCGGCGCCAAGAACAUCCCGCGGCCGCAGCUGCUGUUCAAAGAGCCGGUGGACAACUCCGACAGCCUGUGGGUGCCCAAGAUCUCCGACAAGCCCAACAACAUCAAGCCGCUGGCGCUCAACAUCCUCUACAACGAGAACGGAGAAGCCGUCGGAUACGAGCACCCGUACAAAGUGGAGCUGGAGCUGUACCAGCCGCCGAGCUGGCUGCUGGAGCCGGAGCCCGAGGCUCCCGCGUUCCCUCCGCCGCCCGAGGACACGCGGCUGACGCUCGUGGAGACCGCCGAGCAGCUGGACCGGCUCGUCGCGCACCUGGGCUCCGUGCGCGAGCUGGCCGUCGACCUGGAGCACCACUCCUACCGCUCGUACCAAGGAAUCACGUGCCUCAUCCAGAUCUCGACGGACGAGGGCGGCGACUUCAUCGUGGACGCGCUGGCGGCGCGCGAGCACGUGCACAAGCUCAACGUCAUCUUCACGGACCCCACCAAGCUCAAGGUGUUCCACGGCGCGGAGAGCGACGUGCUGUGGCUGCAGCGCGACUUCGGCGUGUACGUGGUGGGGCUGUUCGACACGCACCGCGCCGCGCGCGCGCUCGGCCUGCCGCUGCUGUCGCUCAAGGGGCUGCUGGCGCACUACUGCAACGUGUCCGCCGACAAGAAGUUCCAGCUAGCCGACUGGCGCAUCCGGCCGCUGCCGGCGGAGCUGGUGGCGUACGCGCGCGGCGACACGCACUACCUGCUGUACGUGGCGCGCCGCCUGCGCCGCGAGCUGCGCGCGCGCGCCGCCUCGCCGCGCCUGCUGCUGGCCGUGCUCGACGCCUCCCGCCAGCUGUGCGGCGCGACGUACAACAAGGAGGCGGUGCGCGACGACAGCCACCUGGCGCUGUACGUGCGCUCGCGCAAGAAGUUCAACUCGCAGCAGAUGGCGGCGCUGCAGCUGCUGUACAAGUGGCGCGACGCGCACGCGCGCGAGCUCGACGAGAGCACGACGUACCUGCUGCCCAACCACAUGCUGGUGGCGCUGGCGGAGUCGCUGCCGCGCGAGCUGCAGGGCGUCAGCGCGUGCUGCAGCCCCACGCCGCCCUUCGUCAAGCAGAACCUGCUCGCCAUACAUCGCCUGUUGUUGUCCGUGAGUCUACCAUUACAGCCGCCUCGUUGA